AUGGCCGACUCAUGCGCCAACCCACUCCUACUGGGUUGGAUCAAAGAAUGGCUUGAUCAGGCCCGAGAACGUAACUCGAAAGGCUUCACAGUGUACAAAAAAGCGUACGAGUCUAUGAAAGCUUGUCCCCUGGAAUUUAGUCAUCCUUUAGAAGCCAUUCAGUUAAACGGCCUGGGUCCCAAACUGUGCGACAGGCUUACAGAGAAACUAAAAGAAUAUUGUGACCAACAUGGCUUACCCAUGCCAGAGCCACCAAACAAUAAGAAGGGUCAGAAACGGCAAUCUGGAGAUGAUCUUCCAGCUCAAGACCAACCAGCCAAAAAGACGAGGAAGCCUAAACCUUAUGUCCCUGCCUUGCGAUCCGGAGCCUACGCUCUGAUACUCGGCCUGUCAACACUAGACGAAAACUCAUUGCAAGGAAUGUCUAAAGCGCAAUUGAUUGAAGUUGCUCAGCCGCAUUCUGAUUCAUCGUUCACGGCUCCCAGUGAUCCCACCAAAUUCUAUACGGCAUGGAACUCGAUGAAGACGCUUAUACAGAAGGAGCUUGUCUAUGAACAUGGACGACCUUUGAGGAAAUAUGCUCUCACAGAAGAAGGAUGGGGAUGUGCGAAAAGGAUUCGGAAUACAAGUGCGGUGGGACUGCCUUUACCAAACCAACCGACAUUGUCUCGCGAACCGGGUCUUCCAACGUCAAAUUGCACAUUCCAGAACAAUGACAGGGCUUUCACGUCACUGGACGACGAUGAAAUCCAGGUCUUGGACGAUAUUGAUCCAACUCCAGCUACACGAAGAAUGGGACCCCAACUUUCAAGUUCAAACCGUCCGGCAAAACCCAUCAUCUUACCUCCAAGCAGUUUCAUGAUUGAACUAAUAUUAGAUUCGCGUGAAGUGCGUGCCAAAAAUGAUCGAGACUAUAUAUCAAAGGAGCUGGAAGCAAAAGGCAUCACAACACAAGUGCGGGCACUUGAACUUGGCGAUGCAAUGUGGGUUGCGAAAUGCAAAGACCCAGAAUAUCUAUCGCGGCACGGGGAAGAAGGCGACGAGGUGAUACUAGAUUGGAUUGUAGAGCGCAAACGACUCGACGAUCUGAUCGGGUCUAUCAAAGAUGGACGAUUUCACGAACAAAAGUUUCGACUCCGUCGCAGCGGCAUUUCCAAUGUGGUCUACCUCAUUGAAGAAUUUAAUGUCUCGCAUUCCUCCACUUCAGCAGGUGGGAAUGUACCCAACUAUCAGGACGCAGUAGCUUCGGCCAUUGCCUCGACGCAAGUCGUUAACGGCUAUUUUGUCAAAAAGACCAAGAAUCUAGACGACACCAUACGCUACCUAGCGCGAAUGACAUUUCUCCUCCGCAAAAUGUACGGCACUGACUCUCUUUCAGGCUCUUCGUUGGGGUCAAGCCAACCAAGCCGCAGCAGUGUCAACCCUAAAUCAGUAGCCCUAAUCCCCAGCUCCAACCUCUCAUCGUCCGAAUCAUACCUCACAACCCUCCGCGAACUUCGUUCCGGCAGAUCCUCCGAGACCACAACCUACGGCGUAUCGUUUUCCACAUUUUCAUCACUAACAUCCAAAUCCGACACACUAACCCUGCGAGACGUAUUCCUCAAAAUGCUCAUGUGCACGCGAGGGAUUACAGGCGAUAAAGCGUUAGAAAUACAACGACAUUGGCGCACGCCACGAGCGUUCAUGGAAGGCUUUGAGUCUGUGUCUUCGGCUGCGGCAACUCCCCAGGAAGCUGCGAAAGCGAGGGAGAGAAUGCUUACGGAUAAGAUGGGGAAUUUGAUUGCGAAGAAGAAGAUUGCGGGGACUCUGAGUAGGAAGGUGGCUGAAAUAUGGGGGGAAAAGGAGUGA